CCGCAGCUGGCUCCGUUCAGUUCUCUUUUUCCCUCUACACUACAACUCACACACAAUUCACAACUCAUUUCAGCGAUCCUCACACUCGGCCAACAGUCGGUCCCAAUCAGGGUAAUCACCGCCCAUUUUCUCUGUCUUCCAUCAACUUCCGCCACAGAAUAUAUAUAUACAAUCCUCAAAUAGGAGCUCAACCACCACCCACCCAACCCACUCAACUUUAAUCACCACCACAUCACACCACCACACCAAAACAACCUAUCAAACAACCCAUCCCAAAAUGUCACCAACCCGCAUCCCCCAACCCGAGGACUUCGACCCCCUCAAACCCCACCUCUCCCUCUCUCUGCACUACCCCUCCCCACCCGAAUCCACCACCGCCAUCCUCCUCCUCUUCCACGGCCUCGGCGACUCCGACACCCCGUUUCUCUCUUUCGCCCGCAACCUCUCCCUGCCCGGCGUCCUCGCUAUUUCCGUCCGGGGCAUCGCCCCUUUACCCCCUUCCCUCUUAGGCCUACCGCUCGACAGCGGGCCGACCAACAACUUCCACUGGGGGGAUGACCUGAAACUCGACGGACGGACGGGCGAAAUCGACAUGGAUCCGGGCUACGACAAAGUCUGGGAGUUGGUGAUGGGCAAACUGAUUGGGGAGGUCUUGAUGAAGGAAUGUGGGUGGGAGUUGGGCGAUAUCUUGCUGUUUGGGUUUGGACAGGGUGGCGGGGUGGCGUUGGGGUUGGGGAGCAAGGUGCGGACUUGGGAGGGGGUUGGUGAGGAUGAUGCGAAGGUUAGGGAGGUAAAGGAGGGAGAGGAGGUGAAGGAGGGGGUGGUUGUUGGUGAGAGGAAGGAGAAGGAGAAGGCGUUCAAGGGCAUCGUGUCGAUUGGAGGGGCGUUGCCGCCUUCCAUGAUUCCUAGUAUCAGCGCAAGGGAGAAGGCGAAGACGCCCGUGUUGGUCUUGCAUGGGAGCGAGAGUGAGUAUGUGGGUGAGGAUGAGGUGGAUUUGAUCAAGCGGGAGUUUGAGAACGUCAAGGUGGUGGAGUGGAAGAGGCCGGAUGAUGGGAUGCCUAGGAGUAGGGAGGAGGUGCUGCCUAUGAUGGAGUUCUUUGCUGAGAGACUGAAGAGUGGGUGGCCGUGAGGGAGCAGGUCUUGGGAAUAUCCUGGAACAGUUGUUGGAACCAAGUCAUAGUUUUAGGCCUUUUGUAACUAGGACCAUGUCUCCCGUAAUCAAUCAAUGCAGUUGAUUUCAUUAUGGCUCGACGCAUUGCUUGACCAAGGCAGUGAUGAGUCUUUUUCAAAAUGCCAAGCGAAUUAC